GGGGAAAAGCAAAAGAUGGCGAUGGUGCAUCGGAACGUGCCGCAGUAGUGAUGCAGUGUGAGCGAGUGUCGUCGUUAUUUGCUCCGAUCGUACCGCGUGAGAUCGCUCGUUGAGCGGAGCGCGGCCAAAUGACAUGGGAAUUUGCAGCAGAAGGCAUUUUCUACUGACAAUAUGCAGCCUGCAACUAAUUACCACUAUAGAACGUCAAGUUUUCGACUUUUUGGGGUUUAUGUGGGCCCCGAUACUGGUCAAUUUUUUCAAUAUUAUCUUCGUAAUUCUAGGAUUCUUCGGAGCCUUUCAAUAUAGACCUAAAUAUAUCAUAUCGUAUUGUAUAUGGAAUACAUUAUGGUUAGGAUGGAACGUAUUUAUCAUAUGCUUUUAUCUCAAUGUAGGAAUACUGGACAAAAAUAGCGAUAUACUUAAUCUUGGUACUGGUAGCUUUUCAUGGUGGUAUGUGAAUGGACCAGGUUGCAAAGCUGUUUACGAUGUGACGGAACCAGAGCUUUUUCGACCUGCACGACCUACUAAUGUAACAGACUGCGUGUUAGAUUAUGAAGUGAUAGAAAUUUUACAUGCUGCGACGCAAUGUAUUCUAGGUUUUAUGGCAAUUGUCGGUGGAAUUUGUCUCAGUAAAGUGUUCUUUGAGGAAGAUGAUAGCUUUGACUUUGUUGGAGGUGAUGACUUUGGGUUGGCAGGCCACACACCGUUGCAUCCUAUGUACGUUAGCUACUCGGCUCUUCCACCACCUGCCUACUCCCUCAAAAAUUCCGCUCAAAAUAAUUAUCCGACCAGCACAGCUAGCUCUCAUCAAUCUGCCUAUCGCGAGUCGAGCUUUCCGAAACGCAGUGGCGAGAAGUUGCUAGGCAGUGGUACCGCGCGCGGCAAAAGCAAUGUCGUGGGUUUCAAGAACGACACAGUCCGUAGUAACAGCAGUCGUUCGUCCAGCCGCGAUUUUCAGAAUGUAGAUUACUCGGUCGACUAUUUGAAUCCGGUGGACCAUUUACAGCGACCCGUCUCACCCGUAUACGACGAAUAUGAUUCGUUGGACAGUGCCGCUAAGCUGAGAUUUCAGAAAAACAGGCUGUAUUAUCUGCAUUCGUCGAGAUACAGCCCGGUUGCGCGUAUUAAGUGUCGUCAGAUCGCUGCGAAGCAAACCAGGAAUCCCGUUAAACCCCGCGUCUUUGUUGAUCACGUACGCGACCAAUCACUGAGAUCAUUUUACUCCGAUCCAAGAUUGGACGUUGAUCAAGCACCGAGCGAACAUGACAGGUCAUCUCAGUCGAAACGAGACAGUCGACCAUUGUCUCUGUACGCGAUACGAACUAAACGAAAGAAGAAGCAGCCACGGCCGCUAUAUAGCAUCGAAUACUCGCAGCCUGAACCACCGGUGCAGGAUGACAGUGUGUCGCCGAAACCGAUGACGCCACGUCGGGUGAAGCGACGUUCCGUGAUCUCGCGAGAUAGCACGCGGCGUUCCAACACCCGGCGCAGCUCAGUACGCCAAUCGCGCCGCAAGAACCCGGUGAACCGCAUCAUGGAUCACCAGGAAAACCUGUAUGCGAACACGGUCACACCCUGCAUCGGUAAUCUGACGAACCAGAACGUCAAUUCGCUGUCCCAGGGCACGCUCAACUACGACAGGAUUGCAGUUGGCUGGGACCGUGAGAGGAACACCGACAGGAACUGGCAGUCGGAGGCGGUGAAUGUAGCAGUGUCAUCACCGGUUCUAUGGCCGCCAGCUACCCAGGACUCCUCCAACAACUACUCGAACGCUUCGUCUAGCUUCCCGGCCGGUCAGAGUCCGCCCGCUGGUUGGGACCAUCAGCAUCCAACCACCAGCUCCACUCGCAAUCUCACCGAUAACUGGCAGGCAUCGCCUGGCGAGCUGAACCCGAUGCAGUGGCAGGGUCAAAGCAAUCCUACGUUCCAACAAACCAGCACGCAGAGUCUGAACGGCGAUGACAUGGAGGAGUUGUACAGCAAUCGACCGGCCAGCGCUAGAUCUAGCUAUAGUAAUUAUCACGGCGUUAGAGCGACACCACAGGUGCCUAAUCGCACUGACGUUGUUAGACAGAGCCAGCGACAGUUUGUGCUCAGUGGACCGCCCGCUUAUCAGGAUACAGUGAUCUGAUAUUGACCUGGAAUAGAUCGAGGCAUACGUCUUGCGUUGAAAACAAUGUCAAGAUAAUUUUAUUGCAAGCGAUAAAAUUGGCCUUAUACAAUCGUCUGUUACUUAUCAGAUAUAGUAAAUGAGAUAAUCAAUCGUAGAUAAAAUGAGUGAUAACGUUCAUCUUCGCGAAUAAAAACGGCACUAUUUUUGAUAGCGCUAGUCGCACGCGCGACACCUUCGAUUUAACAAUUAGCGAAAAUAUGAAGAUUUAAAGAAGUCGCAGUAAUGAAAUAUGUAUUAUUUCCUUAUCGUCUGUAUUUCUAGUUAUGAUAAUUUCAAACAGUUGUUUUAACUAUUUUAAUAAUUAUCAUAUAAUAGUUAAUAUGAUUGUUUGACAAUGAACUAAUGAUAGGAAAAGGAGCAAACGUGAUGAUUUUGCCAACUUUAAAGCUUUACUUGAUACGGAUUGAUGCGACAGAUCUCUACUAGUGUUGCAUCAUGUUGUAAUUAUAAGAGGUAAUUAACGUCUAUAGACAACUUUACU